CAACGGCCGUUCUCCUGCGACAUGUGCGCCCUGUCCUUCAACAGGCAGCACGAUCUCAAGAGGCACAGAGAUACGCACACCGGCGAAAAGCCAUUCCUCUGCAAUGGCGGCUGUGGCAAGACGUUCACGAGAAAGGACGCACUGAAGAGGCACCAG